CGUCCUCUCCGCUUGCUGCAGCCCCCGGGCGGCGCCGCGCGAGGCCCAGCCGGCACCCCUUCCCUCCCCGGCAGGCAGGCAGGAUGGCCGGCAGCGCCGCUGUGCCCUGGCUGGCCCUCUCGCUGGCCUUCGCGUGCGCCUCGCAGCCGCCCGACGGCGACCCCUUCGCGCCGCAGCUGGGCGACAUCUCCGCCUGCCAGGCGCGCUGCGCGCAGAGCCCCCCGCCGCCCGGCGCGGCCGCCAAGGACGCUGUUCUCAAUGCCUGUUAUCGUGGCUGCCGCUUGUUUUCCAUCUGUCAUUUUGUGGAUGCUACUGCCGAGCUGAAUGCAACGAGAGCCGAGUGCGAAUCAGCCUGCAUGGAAGCUUACUCUGGAGGCAUGGAGCAGUUCGGCUGUAUGACCGGGUGCAGGACGCAACUGCCAGAGACAGAGAGCAGAGCUGAAAAGGUUCCGGAUCUGAAACCCACCUCAUUCUCUGUCUUCGACCUGGUCUCCACUUUCUGCAAUGACAUUGUCAGUUCUGCCCAAAGUUUCAUCUCCUCGACGUGGACUUUCUACCUUCAAUCGGAUGAUGGGAAAGUGGUGGUUUUCCAGUCACAGCCAGAGAUUGAGUACCCUGUUCCUGAGGUGCAGGCACCCAAAUCAGAGGUGUCGGAGAAGGCCUGGACUGUCUCGAACCCCAACACCAUGAAGCCCCACACAGGUCUUCGGGAGAAACUGGAAAAACCUCCCGUUGAGGAACCGAAGGGCAAAGCCAAAGGGCACCCCCCAGUGGAGACCGUGCCCUCAGCCGAACAUGACUUCCUGGGCUGCAUGUCCAACCAAAUUGAAGUUUCCUCCGUCCCCAUGGCCAGCCAUAAUCUCGUCGUCUCUCUCUGGCGGGGGGCAUCCGGGUGUUACAGGCGUUCAGGGCUGCCCCGCUGGAUCCUGGCCGCGUGUCUCUUCCUUUCCAUCAUGGUGAUGCUGUGGCUGAGCUGUGCCAGUCUGGUGACUGCACCGGACCAGCAUGUCAAGACCCAGCCCCUGAGCAUCAAUGGAGACAAGGAGUACCUCGAUGACAUCGAAGGCCCCACACCGUACUCCCUGCGGCCCGUCAUUGCUGUUGCCAUCUGUCCGGCAGAGGACAGUGAGGAAGCAGGUUUGCUGCCGGUCAAAGUGGAUCUGGACAAGACUGCUCUCUAGGAACUCCCUGGUCACUCUGAUGCCAUCCACCCCUCUCCCCUCUCCCAGUUUCCUUUGAAUCUCCAUUACCACCUCCCCCCUCCCCUCCUUACUUGUGUCGCCUCACACCCCAUCACCGGCUCCUUCACCCAGGUAGGACACAAGAGCAUCUUGUUCGGAAGCAGCUCACAAAGCCCCCAUUUUCACCAGCAGCGACAGCUCAAGCUUGGGGGAGACUAGGGUGGCGAUACGUUUACUUUCAGAAUAAUAUCAUGAGUUGCGUUUGGUGUGACCUGACUCUGGCCAUCUCCCACGAAAAGUUCUGGAGAUGGACUUCAGAAAUCUUGGCUUUUCCAGUUUUCAAUAGAGAGGGAAAUGCGUGUCUGUUUUUCUUUCACACCCAUUCAGGAUCACCUGUGGAUGAAGCCCAUGAAAAAGAUCUGUGGCUUGUCCUCCCGCUGACAGGCACUUAGUUGUUAGGAAAGGUGUCUCUCUGCCUGAGUCUCUGCCAGUCAGAACAGACAGCAGUGGGUUAGUGGAACAUCUGGCCUUUUACAAGCACGGCUUCAGCUAUACUUUGUGAGAUUGGCCAUAACAUGUCACUUAUGGGAGGGUCUCAAGGGCUGGGUGCCUACUUCAGUCCCUAGUUAAGGGAUCUCAGGUGAUGGGGCUUAGCUCUGCCCAUGAACCUGGAGAGCCACUACUAGCUAGAGGAGACAGUACUAACCUUGACGGACUAAGGGUCUGACUCUGUAUAAGGCAGCUUCAAAUGUUUCGGGUCAGACCCCUAGCUCAAUGGUAGAGCAUAUGCUCUGUAUGCAGGCAGUGCUGAGUUCAGUUCUCACCAUCUUUAAUUAUGAAGAUCUUGGGCAGUGACCGUCUUGAUUGAACACGCACCAGUUGUCUGGAAGGCCGAUUUGGAUGUAGUAAUGAAAGAGGAGAGUGGCUGGUUGUGUUUGGUUUCCUGAAGGUCUCGUGUCUUGGAGCGUUCUAGACUUCUGACCAAAUUGUACAUCUCUUGGCGAUUCUGCGGUACGAACUGGAAAGUUCAGGAGCUGAGUUGGGUCGAUUGCAUGACCGCACCGGCAGGAACCAAGGCCUUCACCAUUGGCCCUGUGAUUGGCCAACAGUCUGGAUUGGCUGGACGUGGCUUAAAAUCGAGAAGCCUCGCCUUCUGACUUUGCCCGAUCCAUCUGAGCAGCUAGACACAUCACUCUGUCCAGGGCUUUUUUUCUGGGGAAAGAGGUGGUGGAACUCAGUGGGUUGCCCUUGGAGAAAAUGGUCAUGUGGCCAGUGGCCCUGCCCCCUGAUCUCCAGACAGAGAGGAGUUUAGAUUGCCCUCCGCACCUCUGUCUGGAAUUAGGGGGCGGGGCCACCGGCCAUGUGACCACCUUCAAGAGGUUCCGGAACUCCGUUCCACCGCGUUCCAGCUGAAAAAAACCCCUGACUCUGUCUAUGGUAAAGUUUAUAUUUUGUGCCCUUAGAAUUAGGUGGGCACAUGUUAAAAAUACCACUGAGGGUCAAAUUUUAAUGGGCUGCUGAUUUUAUUUAUUUUGUUGACAUGCCUUGAUGCACGCAAGCGUUCUGAUUUUGAAACAGGGACAUCUGAGCAGUUAUCAAAAACAUCCAGGUUCAUCUGUUGAGCUGCAGGAGCUUUCGGUUGGAGAAUACCCCCUCUCGGUCCGGACUUGGAUAAGGUCACGGCCAAUCCCAGCUUGCCUUUCCCAACUUGACAGGAUCCUUUGAGUGAGAGCUCGGUAAUUCAGACAUAGUAGCACUACAGAACUUAAACCAGCUUACGAUCACUGUUCAGUGGUGAGAUUGGGGCCUGUUUGAUGCCUCUUUCACUUUGGAUGAGUUCAUUUCCGUUUUAAUCCAUUAACAUAGGAAAUGCAACCCAGCAAUGUCAAAGCCCCAUAGCUAGAACAGCCCCGUGAUGCAUGGUUAGGCUGCGAUGAUUCUGGUAUAAUUGGUGGAAUUGGCCCUUACCAAUCUGGAGGGCAUGCAGUGCCUUCUGCCCCCUUGGAUCUCUGCUAUCUCAUUCUCCUGCUUGUGGGAACCAGCCCUGACUUCGACACCCUAGCAUCUAAACAGCAUUGCCUCUGGUUUUCUAUGUAUUCAGCAUCUUUGGGGAACAUUGAAAACAGGAUGCAAAGAUUCCCUUGCAGUUUCCACAUGUGGCACUGAAGCACAGACAAUUUACUGAAGGGAAUCCCCCCAACUCACCCUGCCCUGAUUUGUGUCAGUUUUAAAGCCACUUGACUAUAUAUAUAUAUAUUUCCAAAGCACCCACUGAUGGAUAUGGGGCAUCCUAUGACCCCCCCCCUCCUAGCAUGGGCUCAUGGAAGCAAACAAACCCUUGGAUUGUUUCUCUCCCAGUAUCCAGGAUGCCAUAACUAUGGUUUAAUUAUGGUUAAAGAAUCCUGCUUCCUGGGAAAGAAUCCAACCACAGAUUGUUGAGGCGGAUAUCUCAAUGGAGAGAUGGAGAGAGCUUAGCCUGACAGUUAUAUAGGGGUGUAACUCCUGGGAGAAGGGAGGGCUGUUGAGAUGGUGGCACUUGAACGUCUGUGACUUCCCUGUUCCCUAGUUUGUUCCUUUUGUUGCACUGGUGGGUUUUCCCAUCCUCGUGUUGGGCCGGUACACAGCAAGUGCUGUGUAAAAAAUGAUGCUCCUUGGCCGGCGGGACUUUCCGUCGGCUCUUGAUCGCUUGUACAUUCUGCCUCAUGCUCUUUUCCUCUGUACAUAAAUUUAACUUAUUAACUUUUCUCUCUCACCUCUGAUCACUUUUUUCCCCCAUUAGUUAGGAGAGGCGUGUUUAAAAAUUGGGCCGAGACUGUCCUCACCCGUAGAAGUUGUUCCCAUAGGAAUACUUCGCUGUAAAGAGAGUUGUGAGACGCUUCCGUUUUGCUUUGGAUGACUUUUUACACAAGCUUUUCUCUUACGUGUAUUCUGACAUAUCUGUUGUGGGGAAAGUUUGGGGAGGGGGAGGGCGAUUGGGGGAGGGAGGGGAAUAUAUUUUGUGUAUGGGCAGGCAUUCAUGUGUCAAUCUUUCCAUCAAAGCUUUUGCCGAUGAAUUGCCUGCGCGUAAAGCUAAUCUGCGUUUGUGCAUUCUUUGUUCUGACAGGCUCCUUCGAAUUCCGUUAAAGCCCACACCCCAGCCUUUUUGGGGAGAGGGGAGGGCUGUACAUUUGGGAGGCUGUAUCUAUCUAUCUAUCUCUGUAGUUCUAAUGACGCCUUUUUUUGUCUGUCCUGGAAACGUCUGAGAGAGAUGGAGUGUUGGUUUAUUAAUUGUAAAUGAAAUAAAAUCCAAGAUGUGAAAGGAAACAGCUUGAA